AUGGCGACUGGGGGCACCAUACGCUACAGUCUCCCCGAUAUUUUCGCGUUUGAGACGACGAUGCUAUCAGCACAAACUCCCCUUACGGAACUCAAGCCACCAGCUGGUGGCCACACGACUACAACUGCUCGUCGAGCUCCCCCAUCGCGCCGCGCUCCAAAAAAUGAUGAAGACCAGAAACCCCCAAACGAUCCUGACGAAGAUGCUGCAGCUCGUAUGCGACUCAAAAGAAAGCUUCAGCGAAAUCGCACUUCAUUUAGUCAGGAACAGAUCGAAGCCUUAGAAAAAGAAUUCGAGAGAACUCACUAUCCCGAUGUCUUUGCAAGAGAGCGUCUAGCACAGAAAAUCGGACUUCCGGAGGCUCGCAUCCAGGUGUGGUUCUCGAAUCGUCGGGCCAAGUGGCGUAGAGAGGAAAAGCUUCGCAACAAACGCUCCGGAGGCAAUUUGGAUUCUUCUCUUUCAAAUGGAACUCCAACACCAACACCAGGAUCAGGACCUGGAAGCGCUAUGACUAAUCCAAUUCGCUCACCAUCUAGUACUCCAAAUCGAUUCUCUCAAAAUGUUGCUCUUUCUACUGCUAACUUUGUGCCACCUUCGGCUGGACAAAUGUAUUCUGGACUAACCCAGCAAACUAUGGAUCCAUACGGCUUUGGUUUCACAAACGGCGGGCUUAGCAUGGCACCGUAUCAGCCAACAUCAGAUUUCGGCGCACCUCACAUGUUCCAAGCAACUCGUUCGCCAUAUGAUGCAUUCCAGCCGUAUCCGAGACCGAUGCCAACUAGCACUCAGGGAUUCCAAACAUCAAUGAGCCCUGCAACGACGACUAGCGGAGAUAUCUCUGCUAUAGCUCCAAGUAUGAGCCUUCCAGUGUCUGCAGUUCUCAAUUCUAUUGAUCAUAGCGCUAUUGGUGGGCAUACUACCAUGCAGGAAAUUGGCGAACUCCCACAAUCCCAUGACCAUUCCCAGUACUGGCGACAAUAA